UCAGUAAAGCUGGAUAGGCAGGGAAGUCUUGCCUUAGAGGAGGAGGAGAAGGAUUCGAAUUUCAAGACAGCCACCCUCCCUCUCUUCCUCUCCACACACACACACACACACCCCCACUUACCCACCCACCACUUCUUGAGAACAGAGACAAGAAAGGAAGAGAUGUGAGUUUACUGGCCACAGAGGAAACGUAAAACACGAAAUCAAGAGUUCAAAACCCUCACGUUCAAAAUCAGGCCUCUCCAGAGUCACAGGUUUUUUGUUUUUCUUUUCUUCUGGAAACUGAAAGGCAACCAGCAGGGAGAUGCCCCCCGAGCAGCAGAGACACCAGAGCAGCCUGAGUAUAAACAGAGUGUUUCUUAAGAGCUUCAUUGGAAUCCUGAGGCUACUGCAGAUCCUGCUUGGAGCCAUGCUUUGGGCAACCAUCGCCGCCAACAAGUAUGAGGGCUCCGUUCACUUUGUUCUCUUUGUAUCCGUCUUCUUCUGGCUCCUGACCCUGGCUCUUUAUGUCCUCACCCUCCUGGAUAAGCAAGACUUGGUCCCCCUCUUGGGUGGAGACAGAUGGUUGCUAAGCAACACAGUGCAUGACCUUUUGGCCACUAUGCUUUACUUUGCAGCCCUGGGCAUUAUGAUCUACAAGACGCGGAAGAACAGCUUCUGUAAUUUGGAGCAGUACAGACACCACUGCCUGUACAAGGCAUACCUGUCAGCCGCAGUGUUCUCCGGCAUCUGUGCCGCCACUUAUCUCCUUUCUGGAAUUUACGGUUCCUGCAGGAAGUGCAGGGGGGAACAGACUUUGGUGGCGACUUAAAGGUUUAAUAUUCCAAAGGAAAGUGGUUUUGCAAAAAAAGCGCUUGUUUUCCUGUCUUUGCACUGUUAGCAUUUUUUGCAAAAGAAAAACAAAUAUAAGGUGGUGCUUUUCUUAAGGCGGAAGCUUUGUUCAAGAUCCAUAUGCAUACAGGUUUGCUAAUUGAAAUGUUCGAAUUAUUUUUUUUUUUGUUAAAAAAAUAAAACAUGCUGAAUAAUUUAACUUUAGUUUGUAAAGUCUGUAAAAAAGAAACAUCUGCAAAUGUUUUGAAAUUUACAUAAAACAUUGAAAUAAAUAUUAAAAUAAUGUUUAAAUAAAAUAGUCCUGAAUAAUUAACAUAUGAUGUUGUAGAAUUUUCUUUAAAUCUGUGUGGUAAAUUUGUUAGCCAGUGGUUAACCAAACUAAUACCAUGUAGGCUUAGAGGCAUUGUAUCAAUAAAUACACAUAGCAUUAUUACCACAGAAUAAGAUUCAGUGUAUGGCAAGGAAUGUAUCAACAAAAGCCAAAAGAUACAAUUCCCAGUUUUAGAGAUAGGCCUCUUAAUAAGACACAUUUAAGAACUAAAUGACAAAUAAAGGCUUAUAAAACAUGAUGAAAAGCUAGAUUCAAAGCUUUUACUCUUACUAAUUCAUUCCAGCACUGCAAGCCAAGGCAGUGCCCUUUGCUGUUAGUACAUGUCUCUCUGGACACACAGAAUGUGAAGGCAUGCAGCAUUAGUGGGGCUGUUUUCCUAAGUUACUGAUAAGGACUGUGAACAUGUAAAUCACACGAUGAAGUGUCAAAAGUUGUAUUUAAACUUCAGUUUCAACUAGCUGGCAGAUUUGUAUUUUGCAGUUUGUUUUUUGUGUGAAAUAAGAUCAUGUUGAUUGUACUCUAAUAUGUAUGGCGAGGCUGAAGGCCUUUCUCUACAUGAAACCAUUUCAAAGAGUCCACCUUAAGAAAAGCAGCGAGUGGUCUGAGCGGCUCUGUGAUUGCUUUUUAAGGCUGGGUGGAAGAGAAUCCGACUAAUUCACCAUGCCCAUCUGCUGAUCCCAUUAAAGCUACUGAGCUUGUGCACUUACAGUAAGGGGUUCCCAAGGGAGCCAUCCUGGCUAACCAUUUCACUCCUGGAAAAUGUGUUCAGUGUUACAUUAGCAAACCUGUUUUUUUCUGGACUUUGAGUUUAUCAUGUCCACACAAAAGUAAAGGACAGAAAGACAAAUGGACAGGACUCCCAGCCACACUCUUGCAUUGGAUCCAUGCUAAACAACCUGGCAACCCUUUCUCAAAACAAGACUACUACUACUGAUUGAAGACCAGUACAAGCCAGUGAUCAGUUUGCCAUUGGAAUGAAGUAUGCCAAUUCUAUGGAGGAAGGAGAUUCUCCCCUGACAGCAUGCCUAUUGUAUUUAUUCUAGCUGCACACUGAGAGGUUCCUGAUAAAUCAAACUCUCUCUCUCUCUCUCUCUCUCUCUCUCUCUCUCUCUCUCUCUCUCUCUCUCUCUCUAAAUGGCUCACAAUUAUAAAUGUAGCUCACACUGACGAUUUUAACGUGACGAUUCAACAGAGAAACUACUCUUCUGGAUACAGCUGCUUAAACUCCUGUCCUGCAGCUUCAAUAACUUGCCUCUCACCAUAAACCCAAUUAUUCCUAAUUAAGUUUUUCUACUAACGAUCUCUGUUUUGUGCAAAGCCAAUAUCACUGUGUGCCAGCAGUUAUAUUAGUACAACUAGGACCAACCUUUCGCAGUGUUAAUCUGUAUUUGUCCAGACUGCAGUAACCUAAUCCCAGAAGAAUGUCUCUCUAGGUUUUGCACACUAACAUACCUGCCCAGCUAGUCAUGGAAGAUGUGGCACCACAAAAGAGUUUGCGUAUUCAUUUAGCUCUGCGUGAAUCAUCAUAUAUGCCACCAGAUAUGAGCCAGAAUUUGAAAUGGGAAGAGUAUCUCAUUCUGAAACCUGCUAGCCUGUGAUUUCUUACCAAGCACACUAUGUUCUUAACUUAAAGAGCAUCUUCAUUAGUCCAGCAAGUACAGAAAUCUGACUAUCACAGCUCUGCCAUACAUUUAGCUAAACAGUGACCUGAAGCUUGGUGAUAGUGUGACUUUGCUCUUCUUGUCACUGUCUUUGACUAGAUUUUUGUGAGUGUAUUUAUAUUUUGGUCUACCAAAAAAAUUAUAACCAGUGCUGGUUUGUGGUUAUGGGCAUUUACGGGCAAUUGCAUUACCCUACUCAGAACACUUUCUUACUAAUUAUCUUGGUAUCCCUGGAGCACAAAACAGCCCAUGUUUUGAAUUGAUAUAAUAGAAUGGCAUACUUGUGUGCUAGAGUUCUUGAUAAAGCUUACUCUUUGCUUGAAAUAUCAUGCAUACUCUGUCGUUGGUUGUUAAGGAAAAUGUUCAGCAAAGUGAAAGGCUCACUGUAAGAAACUAUUUCCAUUAACUCCUGACAAGUAUGAAAGAAUCAAUCCAUUUGAUAAAUGUUCCAGUUCUGUUGUCCUACUAAACGCUUUGAAUAAUUAAUACACAGAUUCCUUUUAAUAGAGCUUUAAUGACAUUGAUACAAUUACAAUGCAGCUGAACUGUUUUCAAAACUCUUUUGUAUUGAUGUUGAGCUGUUGUCAUAUUGAACCCAAGCCUGUUUUCUGUGUUACCUUAAAUAGAAUUCUAAUAAUUAAAAAAUCACAAUGAAAUCAAGAUAUCUGUACUUCAUUCAGAGGAAUGUGGGGAUGCAUGGAGGCAUCCGUUGGUCUAUACAUGUUUUACUUCUAUUUUUACAUACAUAUGUAUACCUAGAGCAGCUUAUUGUGAUGAAACUUGGUAAGGACAUUCUUUUGUUAAUGGAACUAUUCGAUUGUGGUGGCCUAUUUUUACACGACUUGGUUUGGAUAAUUUCUUAAGAAGCACUCUCCUGAAAUUGAUGUACUGUACAUAUGUCCAUAUAACAGAUUACCACUGUAAUGUUGCAGUUUUCCCAUGGCUAUUCCCUGCAUUUAUCUUAGUUUAACAUGUUUUUUUGUAAAAUAAGCUUUACCAUACCUCUCUGUGCUUUACCAUGC